GUCAGUUUGUACAUUGACAUUCCAUGUCGGAGGUUGAUGAGACGGCGACUCGAAUUUGAACCGAAUGAGAAAUUAUGGCAGAUGAAAACAUUUCACAAAAGAAAGACGACAAUAAAAAGAAAUUUAAACGCCCAAAUAAAAACUAUGCUGUAAAGAAGAGACUUCCUAUCAGGCCAGUUGAUGGUGAUAACGUUGUAUUUAUAACAAAGAAGACGAACUUUAAGGCCCAAUUAGACAGAUGCUGUGAUCUACUAACUAAGGGAGAAAAGGAAAUCAUAUUACACGGUCUGGGAGCAGCUAUUCAAAGAUGUUGUAACUUAGCAUUACAACUAGAGAGUUUAUUCUCUGGAACCUGUCAAAUUGAAGUAAACACGGGCACUGUUGACUUAGUUGAUGAUCUGGAGCCAUUAGCAGAUGAUUUAGACUUUGGAACACAAGUGAGACACUCUUCUUCAAUCCAUAUAAGAGUGUUCCGCACUGCCAUGCUUGGUGCUAACCAGUAAAGCGAAAAUGUUCUUCACAUUAAAUGAAAUUGUGCAAUGGAUUGGACUGACAGUGUUUGAAAUAUGGAUAAAUUUAAUUACUAUAACAAUAUUCUCAGUCUUGUUGGCAUUGAAGAUUGAUGCUGUGAUAAACAGUGCUUGGUGGACUAUAUUUGCACCCUUAUUUGUAAGUGAUGCUAUGAAUGCAUACUUUUGUUGUAUAGUCUGUAUAAGAAUGAAUUUAGAGAGCUCAUACAAAGCCUCUCUCUAUAGGGCAUCAUGGAGUGCUAUAUUCCUUGGAUUGACAUUUGUUUUUAAGUUUCUGCUAUGUAGGAAACUUCAAGGUGAUUCAGCAAUAGAAUACAGUGAAGUGUUUGCUCCAUUAUUUAUACUUUUACAGUUGAUAGCAGUAAGAGCAUGUCAGUUACAUCAAUGAACAUCUCAAUAACCAUUUUGUAUUAAUAUAUAAAAUAAAAGAACUUACUUAAUAUU